AUGGGUUAUCCUAAAGGUAUAAAAGUCUAUAAACUAUGGUGUGUUAAAGAAAGACAAGAGAAAUACAUCAUUAAUAGGGAUGUAACCUUUGAUGAGACCAAGAUGACAUCAACCAACAAAGAGAAUAAGAUUGCACAAGAGUCAGAGGUAGCAUCUGAAACUUAUAUUGAGUUUGAAGUACUAAGUCAUACUUCAAAUGAAUCGAAGAACCAGGAAAAUAUAGAAGAAAACUCUCAGGUGGACACAAUUCAAGCAGAAACUUCUCAAGGAGAUGAUCUUCAGUCAUAUAUUCUGGCUAGAGACGGACGGAGAAGGCAGAUUAGGCCACCUUCUAGGUAUGUAGAUGCUCAUAUAAUUCACAGUGCAUUAUGCACUAAGCUGGAAGAUGCUGAUAAUGAACCACUGACCUUUGAUGAAGCAGUAAAUUCUAAAGAAAAACUCACAUGGCAGCGAGUAAUGCAAGAAGAAAUGGACUCUUUAAUCAAGAAUAAAACUUGGAAAUUGGUGGACAAAUCACAUAAGCAGAAGAUGCUUGGAUCUAAAAACAAGGGUAUGUCUUCUUGCAUGGAGACUUGUCUGAAACUAUCUGGAUUUAUAGAAGCAGGAACUGAAAAUAAGGAAGGAAUGGUAAGGAUUGAGAAAAUUUCAUCCUCUGAAAAUACAGCUGAUGCUUUGACAAAGACUUUACUUGCACAUAAACCUGAGAGUUGUCUGGAGGCUCUCAAGGUUGAGCAAGCAUUCAGGGGAGAAGCAAGUAAGCGAGCAAGCAUUCAGGCUUUGAAAGAUGCAUGGAAUGACGCAUGUGCAUCUUUUCGUCCAAGUGCGGUAGUAAUUCCAAAAGGAACAUUUAAAGUAAGUGAAGGAAAAUUUAAAGGCCCUUGUAAGAGCCCUAUUGAAAUACAACGAGGAACAUUGCAAGCUCCAAAACACCCUCAAGGUGAUAGUUGGAUUACUUUUGCAUAUGUUGAUAGAUUGACACUAUCAGGCGGAGGAGUUUUUGAUGGUCAAGGAAAGGCAGGUUGGGAAAAGAAUGAUUGCCAUAAAAACAUAAAUUGUGUUGAUCUCCGUAUUAGUUUAAGGUUCAACUUCAUUACCAAUUCAAUUGUGAAGAGAAUAACAUCACUUGAUAGCAAGAAAUUUGAUAUCAACAUCCUAGGAUGCAACAACCUUACAUUCCAUGGUGUCAACAUAAUUGCACCAGAAAAUAGUCCCAACACGGAUGGAAUUUACAUUGGUCGAUCGAUUGGAAUCUCAAUCACAAAGUCUCGAACCGCAACAGGAGAUGAUUGCAUCUCCCUUGGAGAUGGAAGCAAACGAGUAAAAGUCACCAACGUUACAUGCGGGCCUGGACAUGGAAUAAGCAUAGGAAGUCUUGGAAAAUACACUAAUGAAGAAGCCAUUGAAGGUGUCGUAGUGAAUAACUGCACCAUAAUGAACACCACUAAUGGUGUUAGGAUCAAAACAUGGUCAGCCUCUCCUGUUGCCGGCACUGACAACAUGCAUUUUUCAGACAUUAAAAUGGUGAAUGUUAGCAACCCAAUUCUCAUAGACCAAGAGUACUGCCCAUGGAAUCAGUGCAAUCGCAAUAUUCUGUCAAAGAUUAAGAUUAGUAAAGUGAGCUUCAAGAAUAUUGUAGGAACUUCUGCAACUCCAAUGGCGGUCAAACUUGUUUGUAGUAUCGACUUGCCAUGUGACGAAGUAAAAGUAACUAACAUUGACCUCGUUUAUAAUGGAAAAGAAGGUUCCAUUACAUCUCAAUGUACGAAUGUGAGACCCAUCAUUUUGGGAAUACAAAAUCCACAAACCUGCUCAUCCCCUUAUGUUUUUCAAUGA